UCAGUCUGACAAUCUCGUGUUAAAUUGGCCAAAAUAAGCCCCUGACUGCAGUUCCCUCGUCUGCCUACAGAUGGCGCCACAUUAUCCAUCACAAAACCAGGCGGCAGCAGAAAAGUAGCGGCAGCAAGUGUAGUGCAGCCGACCUGGGAGGAGCGGAUUGUGAGCCGCUGUCGUGAGGAUACACCGCACUAAUGAAGGAACCGUUGCGCAUAACUCACAUAUUCUCCCAUUUAAUCAUUGUGACAAAUUAAACAGCACGUCCCUCCUUCCUCUCACUUGGAUUACACCGUCGCUGUGGGUCUGUCAUUCGGAGGACUUGCUAUUUCUUUUCCUUCGGGAGGCUGAAUGGAAGCAGCAGCCGAGGGAGCGGUCGGGCUGUCGGAGGCCAGGGAAGGGAGCCCGCUGUCCGUGGCGGCAGCAUCCGAUGAUGCGGACACGGUUGUGGGGGUUAGCUACGGGAUGGACGCAGGAGACAUGGAUGCAGCUGCUAAGAAAGCCUUCAUCACAGAGAUGCCCUCAUCCUCAGGCCUGCCUGGUCAGGGAAAGAAGAUUGGCCAUAGAGGGGUGGAUGCAUCAGGAGAAACUACUUAUAAAAAGACCACAUCAUCAGCCUUGAAAGGUGCCAUCCAGCUGGGAAUCGGUUACACAGUGGGCAACUUGAGCUCCAAGCCUGAGAGGGACGUGUUGAUGCAGGAUUUCUACGUGGUGGAGAGCAUCUUUUUCCCCAGUGAAGGGAGCAACCUCACUCCAGCCCAUCAUUUCCCAGACUUCCGCUUUAAAACAUAUGCUCCGGUGGCCUUCCGCUAUUUCAGAGAAUUGUUUGGCAUCAGGCCAGACGACUAUCUGUACUCCCUGUGUAAUGAGCCCCUGAUCGAGCUGUCCAACCCUGGGGCCAGUGGUUCGGUCUUUUAUCUUACGAAGGACGAUGAGUUCAUCAUCAAGACCGUGAUGCACAAGGAGGCUGAAUUCUUACAGAAACUUCUGCCUGGAUACUACAUGAACUUGAAUCAGAACCCUCGCACUUUGCUGCCCAAGUUUUUCGGCCUGUACUGCGUCCAGUCAGGCGGGAAGAACAUCCGUGUGGUGGUGAUGAACAACGUCCUUCCCCGUGUGGUCCGCAUGCACCUCAAAUACGACCUAAAGGGUUCCACCUACAAGAGGCGGGCAUCCAAGAAGGAGAGGGAGAAGGCCAGGCCCACCUUCAAAGAUUUGGACUUCAUGCAAGAUAUUCAGGAUGGACUGAUGCUGGACCAGGACACCUACAACGCCUUGGUGAAGACUCUACAGAGAGACUGCCUGGUGCUGGAAAGCUUUAAGAUCAUGGACUACAGCUUGCUGCUCGGGGUCCACAACAUGGACCAGGCGGAGAGGGAGAGGCAGAUGGAAGGCUCCCAGGGCGACAGCGACGAGAAGAGGCCCGUGGCCCAGCAGAAGGCCUUGUACUCCACUGCCAUGGAGUCCAUCCAGGGGGGAGCCGCCUGCGGAGGGUCCAUUGACACUGACGACACGAUGGGGGGCAUUCCAGCUGUUAAUGGGAAAGGGGAAAGGCUUCUCCUCUACAUUGGAAUCAUCGACAUCUUGCAGUCCUACCGGCUAAUCAAGAAACUGGAGCACACGUGGAAGGCUUUGGUUCAUGACGGGGACACUGUGUCAGUCCACCGGCCAGGUUUCUAUGCCGAUAGGUUCUUCAAGUUCAUGAGCAGCAAUGUCUUCAAGAAGAGCUCCUCAUUGAAGUCCUCUCCAUCCAAGAAGGGUCGUGUGUCGUUGACGGUGCCUAAGUGUGCUGGACCUGGUGCAGCCUGGUCAGCCAGCCAGCUGGCCUCUGAGAGAGACGAGAACAUCUACGACCUGAGAGGAGCUCGCAGCUUCCCAACGCUGGAAGAUGAGGGGCGACCAGAUCUCCUUCCAUGUACUCCUCCUUCGUUUGAGGAGGCCACCACAGCCUCAAUUGCCACCACUCUUUCUUCCACCACCUCCUUGUCGAUCCCAGAGCGAUCUCCCUCUGACACAUCCGAGCAUCCCCGCUACAGGAGACACACCCAGUCUCUCAGCCAUGACGGAAGGACCCAAGAGGAGAUGCGUGUGCGUGAGGAGGAUCAGCAGACCAUCACAGUGGAGGUGGAGCUGAAGAGACAUGACAGCGAGCCCACCGUCUCCGCUCCACAACCAUCCACUGAAACCAGUGGGCUUCAGGACGCAGCAGACGCAGAGGAGGCAGCGUCCUCUGUCUUCUUAUCUGCACCUGAUGCAGCGUCAUCCUCCUCGUCUGCCCCAGCCGCUCCCUCCUCUCCAGGACCAGCCGAGGAAGCCCCCUCCAGUCCCAAAGUGGUGGCGGUGGAGGCAGACAGGGCCAGCCAGGUGUCCGGGUCAGGGUGCACCAGCCAGGCUUCAGUGGACGACGACGACGACGUGCCAAUCACAGAUAUCUACUUUCCUCCAGAGGACAGGACCUGGGUGUACUCUCCGCUACACUAUGGCUCAGAGUCUAAGGCCCUGCCAGAUGGAGAUUGGGAAAGAGAGACAUAAAGCUGGUUCUCUGGCAGAGACGAGUGAACGCCUCAGUGGAGAGGACUCAUCAGUUUGAAGUCCAGACCUCAGCGGGAGCCAUGUCUGAACCAGGAUUUUGAACAUGCAUACGGAAAUAUUCGGAGAGGAAACAGUGACUUGAGCACCAGUAGGGGGAGAAAUCCUGACAGUGAUGACAUCACUGAUUUCCAACCAUCCCUGCCUUUCACCCCUAACAAAUGAAAUUUAUUAUAUCGAUUUACUGAAUAUGUAGGUGUAUGUGUGACAUAGUCUGUAUAAGGCUGUAGUCGUAUGUGUUUGACAUACAUGAACGCCAUGAUAACUUCCUGUAUGUUCUGUUUCACACGAGCGCAGCCCUCCGACGGGCUUUCUCACUGAAUGUGCAUAGUGAAGCGAGAUGAGCUGCUGGCUUUGGUGGGUUCAUUUCAGUUUGUAGUCAUGAUAAUCCUCAAUAUUACUUCAUAUAGAAAACAAGAGAACUUUAUGUGGAAAACUUUAGCAUCUGCUUUUUUUUUUUUUUACAUCAAUGAGUACCAAUUAGCUGCCUUCUUUCCUGCCUUUGCUGUUGGAUUACUGGUGUUUGACAGUAACUUGUUACAUGAAAUUUAAAUCAGAUUACAGAGUGGUCAGCCAAGUGAACAACUGUAGUGCCUAACAUUUGAAUUUACAUUACAGAAAUAAAAUAAGUAGGAACUUCUUUCAUGGCCGGCAGCUCAACAAUGUUUUCUUUCUGCUGUGUGUCAAACACAAGGAAACCUCCACAGCCUGUAGAGUGUUGGUCAAAUUCGUUGCCCAGUUUAAAGUUUUUCUCGAUUGCUACGACACAUUUCUCAAAAGCUUCUCUCUUUUUCUCCAAAAACCCAAUUUUCAAGCUACAUUAACAAAACCUUAGACUCUUCUUGCAAAACCAAACUCUUUAAUCUGUGCCCAAAACUGAACUAUGUUGUCAGAUUGUGCCCCAAGUCAAUCAAAAUUAAAAACGCUCAGAAAUUUAAAAAAAGCUGUAGAAAUAAAUGUUUAUAAUUCACUGCAGGCUAAAUGGCUUCUGUCAAGAGCAACAGAAAAACCUGCCCAUUUCGAGGUUAUAGUACAUAACAUAGACUAAAAAUAAUUACUCUGUAAAAUCACAUGAAAAUUUAUAGAAGUUCCUCACGAUAUACAUAUACAUAGAUAGAUAGAUAGAUAGAUAGAGAGAGAGAGAGAGAGAGAGAUAGGUUCCCUCAUUAAAAGCCAAGGGUGAAAUCAAUUUUGAGUUGUUGUGUUCAACCAGUGACACCUGUGCUUUAAUUGUGUUUGACUUUUGACACCUGUGCUCACCAUUACAACACAGGUACAUCACAAUGAAAAUGUGUAAGCAAGUGGUGUGUAAAUACAUGAAAAGUGCUUAUGGU